CAGGCGGAAUUGCGAUACACCCUCAACACUCAGCUCGAACAGCUGCAUAUGCGGUAUACCGGUACCGGACACCCCGAUACCACCAAAUAUGAAUGGCUGACUCACCAACAUCGGGACACUGCGGCAGCUAUCGUCGGUCAUCCACCAUUGAUGGCUUAUGUCGCAUUGGCGGAUGGGGAAUGUCAAGCCCGGGCUCGCUUUGAAGUGAUGGAGCGCAUGGUGCAGCCUUGUGGCAAACCGCCAGGAAAGACGGACGAGUAG